GAGGACCCGAGGCCGCUCUCUGUCUCCUGGCUGUCUUUGUCUCCUGUCUACUCUUCUAUAUUCCUGGGACUGUGUUCCCUUCCAGGUUGCAGGUUUAAGGAUGUUAGAAGAAAUCUUCAGAAAGAUAUAGAAGAACUAAAGAACUAUGGGACCCAGGAUAUAUUUGUGCUUUGUACAAGAAGAGAGCUCUUCAAAUACCGAGUACCAAACCUUAUAGACACCUACCAGCAGCACGGGAUCUGUGUGUACCACUAUCCUAUUCCUGUUGGGGGUACUCCUGACAUCGCCAAUUGCUGCAGAAUUCUGGAAGAGCUCAGAAGCUGCCUGGAAAGUAACCGGAGAACAAUCAUACACUGUUACAGUGGCCUUGGACGCUCGUGUCUCAUAGCUGCAUGUCUCCUGCUUCAGCUUUCGGAUGCGCUGGCACCUCAACAAGCGAUAGACAGUCUCAGGAACUUGAGAGGAUCUGGGGCGAUACAGACCAUCAAGCAAUACAAUUACCUCCAUGACUUUCGAGAGAACCUAGCUGUGCAUCUGGCCACAAAGGAUACAAUAUUAAGAUCGGUAUCACGAUAA